AUGGACUAUGAUCCAUUUUCGUACCGCGAACGGCACAACGCCUCGUGGGACCGCAUUCGCCACGAAAAUUCGGCCAGUGUCCGGUCGGAACCGGCCGAUGCGACCGCCUACUAUCAGAAUUACAAUCCCAACGAUUAUCAGUACAAUGUGAGCGUUUUUGGGUUUGUUUUCACCCUGUUUUCAGUUUUCCGAGUGCUCAAACAAAAAUGUGUCACUUGUUUUUUUUUGCAGAAUUUCGUGCCAAAUUUCGCUGAUCAAUCGCUGGUUUUGAGCAGCGAUUAUGUGCCUCAGGAUCCGAUUAUCGGUGAGCAAAUUGUUUAUGCCGCGUCCAAUGUCUCGGAAAAACCGUAAAAACCGCAGGUUUUUCUGUCCAACGUCGGCCGAAAUUUGCUUGAAAAACGGGGGUGCGCACAGCUCAAUGAAUGUAACCGUACCCCUAAAACUACGGUAUUUUUUGAAAAUUUGUUAAUUUCUUGAGGAUAUUUGAAAAUAUUCAAAUUUCUUGCGCAAAUUUUCAAAAAAUACCGUAGUUUUAGGGGUACGGUUACAUUCAUUGAGCUGUGCGCACCCCCGUUUUUCACGCAAAUUUCGGCCGACUUUGGACAGAAAAACCUGCGAUUUUUACGGUUUUUCCGCGACAUUGGACGCGGCAUUAAGGUUUUAAUGUUUUAAAGCUACAAAAGUUGCAGGCUACAUGCCAAUGCAGGCAAUUCAAAAUUCGAUAAUAAUGGAUGGUAGCGCUCAAAAUGCGACAAUGAUUUCACAGAAUUUGGAAAAUUUGGAGGAUUUGGAGGAAUUGGAAGCGUUCGAGGACGAGGAAGACGACGAUAUCGAACAGGAGGAGGAAGAAAGUGACGAAGAGGAAGAGGAAGAAGAAGUGGUACUUUUUUCUGGAAAACUAUGAGCCUACAAUGAUGAUGAUAAUGAUGAUGCAAUUCAAAAUUUAUCCGUUUGAAGUGUUUUGCCUAAAAUUUAGCAUUUUCGAAAGUUUAAAAAGCGAAAUGUUCUCCAGGACCGUCCGGACGUCUACUGCAUGGAAUGCGACGCGAAACUGGAAGAACCGUCGCUCCACGACGUGGCCGCGUGCUCCAGCUGGAAGCCCGUCAAAUUUCAGUGUCCCACCUGCCCAGAAUCGUUCAAUUUCGAGAGGAAUUUGAAAAUCCACAAAAUUGCGAGACACUUCGAAGCGGUCAGUUUUGGGCUGAAAUUUAUAAAAAAAACAACCGCCAAUUCAGGAGGACUUUGUGCGCGGAAGUCUGUGUCAUUUCUGCCCCAACGAAACCCGCCGCACACCGUUUUCGCGUUGCUCCGCCUACGUCGGACACGUAAAAUCGCACAUGAAAUCCGAUUCGCUCAUUUGCGAAAACCCGGAUUGUGGACAGGAAUUCGAGAAUGAGGUUUGUCGGGAAUUUUGGAUUUUUUUUUUUGAAAUUGAAAGUGACGUGCACUAAAAACGUAACAUAUUAUGGUGGCAUUCGCGAUUUUCUAUAGGGCGGGUCUCGCACGGAGCGAAACUUUUCAAGCUGGAGUUGUGCGCCUUUAAACUUGAGGACGGAUAUGGUAGCUCACAAUUUUCACAAAAAACAAUUAGAAACCCGCCUGAAAUCUGCUUUUUGUCUUUUGGGACUUUAGGAAAAUGAAUGUUAAACUUCUGACUUCACUUUAAAAUCAUGUUACUUUUUUAGUACACCUUUAUAAGAUAAGUUCAAAAAAAUAUACUGUUUGGAAUGAAAAGCAUUUGCAGCGCGACCUGGACCGUCAUUUUCGCCGCGAACAUUCCGAUGAGCCGUACGAGUUGGUCUACUGUCCGAAAUGCGAAAAAGUGAUCACUUUCGAAGAAUCGCUGCCCCACCGACUGGUGCAUUUGAGCCGGAAGAACAAAAAAAAGGCGGCGAUCAGAGAAAAACGGAAGAGAGCGACCGUGAGAAGCCGGAAAUUCGCGUGUCCCGAGUGCGCCAAGUCAUUUGUGCGACCGUCCGAACUGGCGCGACACGCCGCCGUCCAUUUGAGAGCCAGUCAGUUGCAGAAAUUUCGUCGUUUUGUUGCAAAACCAGAAAACUGCACAAAUUGCAGAAUCGUUGACAUCGACACAAGCGAUUCCAAAGUGGAAAUGUGCAAUUUGUUCGAAGGAGUACGCUCACAAAAGUGGCCUUCAGGAGCACAAACGAGUCGCCCACGGGAAGGCGAAAAAAAUUGGGUGCCGAGUUUGUGGCGCCGUUUUUACAAAGGUACUUUUAAAGUUGAAAAGUGCCUUGACGUUGUUCCGCAUCAAGCCCAAAAGCACAGAUUUCCUCGAUUUUCUCAGCCGCAAAUUGGUGUUUAUCGAUUUUUUUCAAGUUUUCGAAACAAAUGAUGUUUUCUUGAGAUUCAGAAGCGCAAAAAUGUUGCACAUUACUUAUUCUAAGGGUUCCUUUCCACCGGAACUCGUCCAAAAACAGAUUACGGAAGAUUACUGACGACCGGUGGAAAUGAGCCUAAGAAUAAGUGAUGUGCAUCAUUUUUGAGCGUGUGAAUCUGGAGAAAACAUGAUUUGCUUCGGAAAAUUGAACAAAAUCGAUAAACACCAAUUUGCUCUGUGCUUUUGGGCUUGAUACGGAACAACGUCGAGGAACUUUUCAAUUCUCACCCCGGAUGCCUCUUUCAAAUACUUUCAAGCAAAUGUUUAUUAUCAGAAAACGAACCACGACCGUCACAUGUCGCAAAUUCACCCGCUCGACGAGACACCGUCGUCGGGUCGGCCGAAAUUCGAAUGCGCCGACUGUCCGACGGUCCUGAACACGCUCGGAUCACUGACACGUCACCGAAAAACGUGUCACAAUGAGAAUGCGACAAACUUUAGACCGACUAAAGGUAUUUCCGGCUUCUGCAUGGGGGCGCUCUCUUCUGUUUUUCCCUCCUCGCCGCCUUCUCGUCCUUCUGGCUCAAAUGCACCAGUCGGUGGGGCUUUGAUUUUUCGAAAGUGAUCACUUUUUGGCAUUUCGGACAGUAGACCAACUCGUGCGGGUCAUUGGAAUGUUCGCGGCGAAAGUGACGCUCCAGGUCGCGCUGCAAAUGUUCUUCAUUCCAAACAGCGAAUUUUUUGCACUCCAAAAAUAACAUGCUUUCAAAGUGAAGUCAGAAGUGGGGCAUUCAUGUUCCAAAAGUCACCAAUUCUGAAACAAUUUCCCCGAAUUUUGCUGAAUUUUCCAUAAAAGCUAAGGAGUCCACGAGAAGUACACGGCGAGUGGAGUUUUCUAGUCCCCCGGUCGCCAAAUUUGACAGAUUUUCAAGAUCGUUUCAGCGGUCCAACAUAAUAGAACUGCGCGGAAUAGAACCGCGACACAAUAGAACUGUUUUUGUGUAUUUAAAUGAGCAUUUUGUCCGUUCCUCGGUGCAUUUUCUUCAGAAUCUGAGACUUUGGGAACAUGAGUGAGCUGCUUUUUUAAUCAUCAUCUUUUCGUUUCAGCGGUUCCUCCAGUCUACCGACAACACAUUUGCAAGACGUGUAAACGAGAAUUUCGAGAGCCUGAAAUGCUCAAAAAGCACCAGAGAACGCACGUUUUCGCCGAACAUCGCUGGCGAAAUAUGCUCGAGAACGGCGAGAGAAAGUGCGCAUUCUGUGAGAAAAGGUUUGGAAAAAAGCGGAAUUUCUCGAAAUGACCCAGAUUUUACACGAUUUUUGGCAGCAGAAAGUUGCUGUUUAUCGAUUUUUUCGCGUUUGUCGAAAUUCGGAACAUUUUUGAGCGGUGGAAAAUUGAAGAAAUCGAUAAGCAGCAACUUGCUGCUGAGAAAAUCGAGAAAAUCUGUGCUUUUCGGAUUAACAUGAAACAACGUCAUUGUACAUUUCUGCAGUGUCAACUUGUUUUCCAAUUUUCGAAAAAUACACUUCUUUUUUUUUGUUGCAGUUUCGUGCUGCGCUCCUCUUUUCUUUGGCACCUGCAAAAACACUACGAGGAGCAGGAGGCGUCGGCGGCGGCGGCUCAGCCGUACUGCUCCGAGUGCGAGCUCACGUUCUUCAGUCCGGGCGAGUACCGGCAGCAUCUGGACGAGCAGCACACGGUCGUUUGCGGCGUUUGCCAGCAAAAGUUCACGUCGCGACAAAUCUACGAGGACCACAUUUGCAAUCGCAAGUUCUCCGGACUACCCGCUAAUAGGUAGAUUUGAAAGAAACGCAAUUUUAGCAGGCUUUUCGAAGGCAAGCCAUGAUUUUGAUCCAUUUGCAAUCAUCAAUAAUCCGAUCGGGCCCAAACUUUGCAGGCGUCUUGUACUUGAAUUGAAGUAUUUUGGGUCCGAGUUUCAGACCGAUCCGAUAAUCCGGUCACGAGAUGGCCGGGCUUUUGCGAGAAUUGCCGAUCGGUCUGAAACUUGGUCCCACGAUACUUCAACCCAAGUCCAAGAAGCCUGCAAUGUUUGGUCAAAGGUCCGUCGUAGGCCUUGGAAAAGCCUGGACCUGCAAAAUGUUUGUACACCUUUUCAUUCCACAUCAUUUGCAGAGUGCUGAUCUGUCGUCUGUGCCGUCCGCCGGUCCGCCUCACGACCGCCCGUCAAAUCCGCGAGCACCGCGCCCGACAUCUUCCGCGCAAGACCCAUCUCUGCUGGACGUGCCACAAAUCGUUCCGCACUUCACGUCAGUUUCAGCGUAGAAACGCUUUGCGCACUGUAAAAAAAAACUUUGCAGAACUGCUGUCUCUGCAUGCGGAAGUGCACGAUCGUCAGCCGGUGCAAUGCGCGCACUGCCCGCAAGUGUUCCACAGCCGCGUGGCACUGAAGCAGCACACGAGAGUCAGUCACGGCGGAGACACCAACUAUCAGGUCGUCGUGCACGUCGACAGGGUUCGUCUCUCGUCUCUUCCAGAACCAACAACAGAGUUGAUCGGAAGAACUCAAUGGAAGAACACGGAAGAAUUUUUAUCUUUUUUAGAAAAUUUUUUCAUGAAAUGUGAUCAACUGACGAAAUGUAUAGCAAAGUGAACUCUGCUCAUAGAAAAAUAAUUGUAAAUUUAACUUUUCAUACAAAAAAGUUAUUCGAGUUGUUCCGUUAGCCCUUUUUUCACGCAACAACUCGAAUAACUUUUUUGUCCAAAAAGCUAAAUUUACAAUUAUUUUUUUAUGCGCAGAAUUCACUUUGCUAUACAUUUCGUUAGUUAAUCACAUUCCAUGAAAAAAUUUUCUAAAAAAGAUAAAAAUUCUUCCGUGUUCUUCCGUUGAGUUCUUCCGCUCAACUCUGACCAACAAUACACAACACAAUACAGAAUAGACAUUUACAGUGCUGUUAUACAAUUUUUGUUCGAUAUCGAUGGAAAUGAUUGAGACUGUUGGCCGCGAGCUUUGAACAUGUGCAUUUUCCAUUCAGAACUCGCGUGCACGUCGCUUUUUUGUGGCCGCCGCCGAAAACAUUGAAAAUACGCAUCUUCUAUUCGAUUUCGUCGGAAAAUGACCGAAAUUGCUUGCAGAACAUGGCCAUGUCGGCGCAAUCGUUCGCCGAGUACGGCAUCGCGGCGGAUCACGCGGAAGAUCAGGCGCAUCGAGCACACUCGGUAACGGAAUGGAUGGAAUCGCAGCGGCAACGACAGGCAACACAUCAGAACGCGAUCGAUGAACAGGAGCCGGAGCAGGAACAGCCGGAGAUGGCCUAUCAGCAAGUGGUCGCCAUCAACUAUCAACAAGCACCGGCUCCGCCGACGGAGCCGCCGACCAGGCCCGCGAGAACGACGGAACCGUCAGUGGGAGACCGGCAGCCGGUGCGAUGCGAAGUCUGUCAGCAUUUGUACGAUAAUGUGGACAUGUUGUGCGAGCAUUGGAUCGGGUUAGUAUACCAUCGGCCUGCUUUUAGCUAAAAAGUUUAAAAUCGUUCAGAUCGGACACGGACACGGACCACUCGUUCGGAUUCGUCACUUGUCCCGUGUGCGAUUUGAGAAUUCGCGGAGCCGCCGAAGCCGCAAACCACCUGAGAAACGCUCAUUUGUUCCCGCGACCCCGCAUCUUGGAGUUUAUGUGAGGCAAUUGCCUAGACAAUCGGGGAAAAAAAUUGUAAAAUUCCAGAAAGCCGGACGAUCCGAUGCCACAGCCGCCAUCGACUUCGCUCGUCCUCGCCACCACGUCAAAUUCGACGAAACACAAGCAUCAGUGCGAGCAAUGCCUCAAAACGUUUACGAGAAAAAACGAUUUGGAACGGCACCUCGAAAUUCAUUCGGGUAACCUUCUUUUUUUUGUUGAAACAAUUGAAGCGUUGAAAAGUGCUCUUCUUGCAGACGAACGACCGUACCAAUGCCCGCACUGCAGCUCGACGUUUCGCCGCAAAUCGACGCUGAAAGUGCACGUGGCGACGCACUCGGAACAACCGCCGCAACUGCAGUGCACCGUCUGCGAGCGGGUAAUUUCUCGUCACUUUUUUGGCAGCCAGCAAUUUUACAAAAAUUCACAGAGUUUUUACGAGAAAAAGACGCUGGUGAUACACAUGCGAAUUCACACCGGCGAACAGCCCUACAAGUGCCGAUAUUGUGAUUUGCACUUUAGGUAAGAAUGAAUGAGAUAGAGAAAAGUAGGGAGCCACCCCCAAUGAAAAAGUAGAAGUUCACGUUUUUUUUUUUGCAGAACGACGGCGAUGACGAGAACGCACGAGAAGAAGUGCGCGCACGGCGGUCCGGCCCGACCGAUCCUGUCGGAUCCGAGCACUUCCGACGUUGCGAACGCGUUCCAGCCGCAAUUCGUGGCGCCGCAGCCGGAACUCUCGCGCACAAUCACCCAAAUUUCGACGCUUCCCGACGAGCAACUGCUCGCCUCGAGACACUCGGCGUUCAGUUCGGUGCCCGCGUUGGCCGGAAUGGUACGGCUCGUGUAUUUCAUGUGAAUUUACGUCUUAAUGGAAUUUGCAGGGCUCCGCAGACACUCCGAUCUUUGUGAUCACGCGACCGAUGAGCGAGAUGCAAUACGUGGUCAUUGUGCAGAAAUCGAAGCCAACGGAGAGCACUGUUCGAUAUGCGGUUCGCUAUUUUCAUCGCUCAUUUUUUGAAAAAUUCAAUAUUGGAACAUUUUUUUUUCAAUUUGAACAAUUUUUGCAGGUGGACACUGUGAGCGAGAUCAAACUGGGCCAACUGCGCGAGUCGAUGAAUUUGUCGAUUGUGCUGCACAACGAGAUGCGUCUCAACGUGAACACGAUCAAAAUGCUGCAAAUUCUGCCAUCUCUGCGGCCGGACGACACGUACAAAACGCGGAUAACGGUGGGCGCUCCGCUCCAGCACCACGACCUCUUCGCCAUCAUCGCCCACAACAACAACAAAACCGCCGGCGGCGACUCGUUUCUCCGGCGCUGCGACGUUUGCGAACUCGAUUUGCCGACGAAACGCAUCAGCGACGCGCACUUUUACUCGGAGGAUCACGAGACGGCACAGGUACGCAGUGCGUUCAUCAGGAACAUCGUUGUCCGCCUAAAUUAUACGCUGGCCUAGCUGGACUGAUAACUAAUCGCUAGAGAACGUCAAAGUACAUUUCUGAUGUCUAAUCUAAACACGCUUCUUUGCAGUUGAUGUACCCGACGACGGCGCAACGACCACUGAUGGGCGGCCGGCGAAAUGUGCCGGGAGGACGCAAUAUGCGCACCGCAAAGUACGAGUAUUUUUAUGCUUUCAGACAUACGGCUGCUAAUCGUCUUUUUAAAGCAAUUUUCCAAGCAUUAUCUCAGGCAAAUCGUUGUUAAUCUAGCUAUUACUUCUGACCAGACUUUGGUGUGAUCGCAUUUUGCGAACAACACCUCAGAAACGUCUGAGCAAACUUUUGGCGAUGGCAAUGUUUGCGCAGAAGUGAGGCGAAGAAUUUCAAAACUCAUAUCAGUUUCUUUGUCAUCCGACCAGCUGCCCAGCUAGAUUGAAAUCCAGUGCGCCGAACUCAUCAACUUUACUCAAUUUUUCAGCUCGGAAGCGUCGUCGGACCUGAAUUGCAAACUGUGCGGCAGCCGAUUCACCGACAUGGAUUCGCUGCUGAACCACAUUCGCCAAGUGCACGACGAACCGACAGUGCCGGCCCGUCCAGUCGCCCAUACCGCACCCAUCAAUUAA